CUUCCGUGUCUCUCAUUUAAUGCUGUUCUUGAGUUGUCCAAAUAAAAUGGUUUCUUUGCACACUGCUACGGGCUGUGCUUCUGUAGGCUUCUGUAGGCAUGGCGGUGCGUGGAGCCCUUUAAGGGGCGAUGCUGUGUGCCGGAAGAGAGCAGCUGUGCAGCAGGAAGAGGCUGUGUGUGCUCAGGGCUGUGUGUGCUCAGGGCUGUGUGUGCUGCAGGCUGUGCUGCAGGCUGUGCUCAGAGCCAUGCUGCUGGGCCGCUGGCUGCUGCCCGGGGCCUCCCUGGCUCUGGGCGCAGGGCUGGGCGCAGCUUUGACCGCCCGCUGGCAGCGCGGCGCUGGGGGCACAGAGGUGGCGGAGGGGCUGCUGGGCCGCCUGCCCGUGGUGCCGGUGGUGGCGGCGGCCGCAGGACCUCCAGCCCCCACGGAGCCGGCACGGACCGAGCUGACCAAGUACGGCCUGCCCGGCUUGGCGCAGCUGCGGAGCCGCGAGUCCUACGUGCUGUGCUACGACCCGAGGAGCCGCAGCGCGCUGUGGGUCGUUGAGCAGCUCAACCGGGAGACGCUGAGCGGAAGCUCUGACCGCACCGCCUGCGACUUCCAGGAGGACGAUUCGGUGCACGAGUAUCACCGAGCCACCAACGCCGACUACCGAGGCAGCGGCUUUGACCGCGGCCACCUGGCUGCUGCCGCCAACCACAAGUGGAGCCAGAAGGCCAUGCGGGACACCUUCUACCUCAGCAACGUCGCUCCUCAGGUGCCUCACUUAAACCAAAACGCCUGGAAUAACCUUGAGAAAUACAGCAGAAGCUUGGCAAGGAACAACAAGAACGUCUACGUCUGCACAGGACCUCUUUACCUGCCCAGGAUGGAGGCUGAUGGGAAGAUGUAUGUCAAGUACCAGGUGAUUGGGAAGAACCAUGUGGCCGUCCCCACCCAUUUCUUCAAGGUGCUCAUCCUGGAAAAGGAGAGUGGAGAAAUUGAAUUGCGCUCCUAUGUGAUGCCCAACAGCCCUGUGGAUGAGAAAAUCCCACUUGAACGGUUCCUGGUUCCCAUUGAGAGCAUUGAGCGAGCUUCGGGGCUCCUCUUUGUCCCAAACAUCUUGAAGAGAACAAGCAGCUUGAAAGCCAUCACAGCUGGAAACAAGCGUUGAACUCUGACCGACCAAAUCCAGGUAGCAGUGGCAGUCCAUGGACUAUUUCCCUGUGCCUUUUUAAGUAUGAGAAAUAAGAGAGAGUGUUUCUCUCAACCCCUCCCCCAGUUUCAUGUAACAGUGAAACACACAGUGUCCCAAGGACAGGCUGUACGGAAGGCUUCAGAGUUCUUGACAGGUCCUUGUGCUCUGCACUUUGCCCCUAAGCUGCAGCACUGUGGGUGUUACUGUAACUGAUACCUUUGUGCAUGGCUCAUUAAGACACACAGGGACGUUAAUUUUUGUACUUAGAGGGGAGGAUUGGAGCAAGACAGGUACAGUGAGAGGAAAGAAAGGUUCUUGCAUUUCUGCUUAUAAUUUUCACAAAAUGGUUUUAGCAGUAAAGCUUUGAAAACACAAA